AAAAGGGCAAAUUGGAUAAUGAAUGGUUGGCCUUUUAUAGGAGAAGAGGAGCAAAUACAAAAGUCAAAAUGUCAACCUUUUGACCUAGCUCCACAAAUAGAUAUUUCUUUCUUGAAUCCAAUCAAUCAUAUUCUCUCCGAUUUUUGGGAUCAGAUCUCAACAUCGAUAGGCGCAACCAUAUUCACGCCGAUUCAUCUUAACCCUGUUGCAGAUUCAUCUCAAAACAGGAAUAUGGGCUAUCUGGAUUCGAUAACGUCUGCGAUCCCGGGUCAAUCUAAUGGUGAUUCCCCGGACAGUGGUGGUGGUGUGAGCGAAGACUCAAAGUUUAGCUAUGGGUUUGCAAGCUCUCCCGGAAAGAGAUCUUCGAUGGAGGAUUUUUAUGAAGCGAGAAUCGAUUGUGUAGAUGGUGAAAUGAUUGGUUUGUUUGGAGUGUUUGAUGGUCAUGGCGGUGCUCGCGCUGCGGAAUAUGUGAAGCAUCAUCUUUUUAAUACUCUGAUUAAGCAUCCGAAGUUUAUAUCGGAUACGAAAGCAGCUAUAUCUGAUGCGUACAGUCAUACGGACACGGAGUUUCUGAAAUCAGAGAACAAUCAGAACCGAGAUGCUGGAUCAACUGCUUCGACAGCUAUUCUAGUUGGCGACCGUUUGUUGGUGGCAAACGUUGGUGACUCACGCGCUGUUAUCUCCAGGGGUGGUAAAGCGUUUGCUGUUUCUCGUGACCAUAAGCCGGAUCAAAGUGAUGAACGACAGAGGAUUGAGGAUGCUGGCGGGUUUGUGAUGUGGGCUGGAACGUGGAGAGUUGGUGGCGUUCUUGCUGUUUCUCGUGCGUUUGGUGAUAAGUUGUUGAAGCAGUAUGUGGUGGCUGACCCAGAGAUUCAAGAGGAGAAAGUUGAUAACUCGCUGGAGUUUUUGAUCCUUGCUAGUGACGGUCUGUGGGAUGUUGUGACGAAUGAUGAAGCAGUUGCGAUGGUGAAACCGAUUGAGAGCCCAGAAGAUGCGUCAAAAAGGCUGGUGCAGGAAGCUUCUGAGAGAGGUAGUGCUGAUAAUAUUACGGUAGUGGUUGUUCGUUUCUUGGAGAAUGAAGCUAGUGGCUCGACUUCCCAUUGAAACGUAAGUGUGCUCAAUAGAGAUUUCGUAUUUGUUUUUAAUAGAUUGGCUGGCUUUACUGACCAACUUUCUACUGUGUUCAGUGGUGUAGGUGUUCCGUGUGCGUUGAAAACAUAAUAAGUGUACAAUUAAUGCAAAUUUCUCUACUCUUUUUGUAUGAGCUUAUGAAAGAAAUACAUUUGUCUCUUUUGGUUGUGGCUUAUAGGCAGGCAACUUUGUAUUUUGUUUUAA